UGGGGGCUCCUCAGUCAAGCCGGUUCUAGGUUCUCACUCGGCAGCACGGGCAGGCGAGUGGCUCCUGGUUCCGGGAGCAGAACAGCAGUGCCCCAGCCCUGGUCCUCGCCUGCCCGCACGGCACCAGGAUGGCCACCAUCACCUGCACCCGCUUCACGGAAGAGUACCAGCUCUUCGAGGAAUUGGGAAAGGGAGCCUUCUCGGUGGUGCGCAGGUGUGUGAAGGUGCUGGCUGGCCAGGAGUAUGCUGCCAAGAUCAUCAACACCAAGAAACUCUCGGCCAGAGACCAUCAGAAGCUGGAGCGUGAAGCCCGCAUCUGCCGCCUGCUGAAGCACCCCAACAUCGUCCGGCUCCAUGACAGCAUCUCCGAGGAGGGGCACCAUUACCUGAUCUUCGACCUGGUCACCGGCGGGGAGCUGUUUGAGGACAUCGUGGCCCGGGAGUAUUACAGCGAGGCUGAUGCCAGUCACUGUAUCCAGCAGAUCCUGGAGGCCGUGCUGCACUGCCACCAGAUGGGGGUGGUGCACCGGGACCUGAAGCCGGAGAACCUGCUGCUGGCCUCCAAGCUCAAGGGCGCUGCGGUGAAACUGGCAGACUUUGGCCUGGCCAUAGAGGUGGAGGGGGAGCAGCAGGCAUGGUUCGGGUUUGCCGGGACACCUGGAUACCUCUCUCCAGAAGUGCUGCGGAAGGACCCGUACGGGAAGCCCGUGGACCUGUGGGCCUGCGGAGUCAUCCUGUACAUCCUGCUCGUGGGCUAUCCCCCGUUCUGGGAUGAGGACCAGCACCGCUUGUACCAGCAGAUCAAAGCCGGCGCCUAUGAUUUCCCAUCACCAGAAUGGGACACCGUCACCCCAGAAGCCAAGGAUCUCAUCAAUAAGAUGUUGACCAUCAACCCGUCCAAACGCAUCACGGCCGCCGAGGCCCUCAAGCACCCCUGGAUCUCGCACCGGUCCACCGUGGCCUCCUGCAUGCACAGACAGGAGACCGUGGACUGCCUGAAGAAGUUCAACGCCAGGAGAAAGCUGAAGGGAGCCAUCCUCACCACGAUGCUGGCCACCAGGAACUUCUCUGGAGGGAAGAGUGGAGGAAACAAGAAGAGCGAUGGUGUGAAGAAAAGAAAGUCCAGUUCCAGCGUUCAGUUAAUGGAAUCUUCAGAGAGCACCAACACCACCAUUGAGGACGAAGACACCAAAGUGCGGAAGCAGGAAAUUAUAAAAGUGACAGAGCAGCUGAUUGAAGCCAUAAGCAAUGGAGAUUUUGAGUCCUACACGAAGAUGUGUGACCCCGGGAUGACAGCCUUCGAACCCGAGGCCCUGGGGAACCUGGUCGAGGGCCUGGACUUCCAUCGAUUCUAUUUUGAAAACCUGUGGUCCCGGAACAGCAAGCCUGUGCACACCACCAUUUUGAACCCCCACAUCCAUCUGAUGGGCGACGAGUCAGCCUGCAUCGCCUACAUCCGUAUCACUCAGUACCUGGACGCCGGCGGCAUCCCGCGCACGGCCCAGUCGGAGGAGACCCGCGUCUGGCACCGCCGGGAUGGCAAAUGGCAGAUUGUCCACUUCCACAGAUCGGGGGCGCCCUCUGUCCUGCCCCAUUGAAGGGCCAGGCGGGGGCGCUGUACUGCAGAUAUCUGCUCGUCGUUCGUCCGUCCGUGGAAUGUUGCUGCUGGUUCUCCCACCUUGGAUUUUGCUGGAAUCCCCCCACUCACAUCAUCCCACCACCACCACCACCGUCACUUUCAUACCUGCAUCAAGAAAACCGACUCACAAAGCCAUCGCGUCUUCAGAGCAAACGGCCACAUCUCCCUGCCGCCUGUCCCCAGCCAGGGCGGAGCUUCCUCAGGCCAGGGCGCCUUGGGUGCUGGCCCUGAGGACACCCCCCGCCACCCCCUUCCCCCCUCCCGGCUGCCAUUGGCCUGACUUGCCUUGGCUGCAGAGUGCCCAGCUGUGUGUUCACCCAGGGGCUGGGGAAUCAGGAGAUCCCUGAUCUCUCCUCUUCCAGGAUUCCUCUGGGAAAGGCAGAUGAACCCGCCACCCCUGCCCCCUCCUCCCCUGUGGGAGAGAGUGAGAGAGGAGCCGAUGGCAGGAGCCUCCGCCGCAGACUGCCUCCCUAACUCGUCUCCCGUCCCGUCCCGGCCUCCAGGCCCCCGCCUGACACUUCUCCCUCAGUGUGGGGAGCGCGAUCCUCUCAGGGUGCCUCCACUCUCUCCUUCUUCCUUCUCUGAUGUUUACCUCCAUCGCUCACCACCCAUUCCACCCUCCAUCGGGCCCGGGGGAUUCCAGCCCCAUCAUAGCUGAGGGAGAAAACCUGAUUGCUUCUUGGGGGCAAAAGAAAGCAACAUCUAGGUUAUCACUUCUACUUGGACCGCAUGCCUUUUUAUAGCCAAACUCCCAUGUGUUUCGUAAAUGAAUCUCACGUUCACUGAUAUUUAUGUAAUAACUAGACCUCUCCAUUAUUGUAAGAGGGUUGGGUUGGGAAGGGAGGUGGGAAGAGGACAGAGGGGUAGCUUUUUUCCUGUUCGUUUAUUUAUUUAUUUUUCAAUGUCACCUCUGAGAUGGACUUUGUCACCAGUGGUUCCCCAGCCGCAGCGAGGAGGACCUCACCGAAAUUUUGGUCCCAAGGUUCUUUUCAGGAUGGAAUCAGAUGUCAGAGCUGAUAACACACAGUGAAUGGGGCCAAGAGCCUGGGGGAGGUUUUCAGAAUGGAAAUAGCUGGAUUUUUCUUUGCUUGCCUCCCAAACGGGAGUCCUCACGACCACGAUUCCCAAGCUUUCAUCCCAGCUCAUCUGUGUGCCACCCCCAGCGUCCUCACCCGUCUCUGGCGGAGGACCCUGAGAACGUGUCUUCAUCACCCACCCCCUCGGUGUCUGCUGGCCCACGCAGGGCACCGAACGUCUACUCUCCACGCCUCGUCCUGCAGCCGCGGGUUCGCAUCGCUGCCUCUUCUUUUCUUUUCCUUGCUCUUGCCCUCUUCCCUGGGACUGACUCUGAUGUGGAAGGCCUUGGCACACCCCUAGGAUCUACUGUCUGCACUAUUUUCUUUGCAUGACUUUAUAUGCAGUAAGUAUGUUGAAAAAAAAAACAGAAAAGAAGAAAAAAUCACAGCAAAACCAAUCUACAUGUUUUGGACAAAAAAAAAAAAAUAGAGGUUGUAUUCUCAGUGUCCGACUCGGAAAUAUGUUGCUGCCUCUCUGUGCUUCUGGCCUCUGUGUGGCCGUGUUUUGCCAGCAUGAGAUGCUGUCCCCUCUGGAGGGUUUAGGGGAGGAAGAGCCGCAUCCCCAAGGCUUGGAGGAGGCACUGAUUCCCCCAGGCCUCCCGGGAGUCCUGGGUGGUGGGUGGAGCAGGACUGAUGGGGAUAUUUGAUCCAGACCUUUCUGCGUUUUCCCCAAUGGUGGGCUCUUCUCUCAGUUGCCGACGCCCUGGGGACAGGUGAGGCAGGCAGGCUGGGGCCACAGGCCAGUCAAGAGGCUGCCCAGGCCUCCUGGCCUCCAAACUGGUCGAUCGCCAGCCUCUGUUCUUGGUAGAGACCCUGCUGCCGAGGCCCAGGGGCGGGCACUGGCUUGCCCCAGGCCCAGAGGGUUUCCCUGUAAGGCCCGCUGAUCCCAGCAUCCCAGCAGCAAAGAGGCCUGCCUCCCUGUGAGCUGCCAGCUCCCACAGCCAUGCCCAAGCCAAGGUGUGGCCUUCCCCGGGGGUGCUGCAGCCAUCAAGGCCAAGUCUGGUCCCUUCCUCAGGCUUGGUUUCCCCAUCAGUGAUAGGGUUAAGUAUUCCUGCCCGGCCUGUGUUGCAGGGCUGAUGGGAGAAUCAAAUGGGGUGGCCAGUCCCCUCCCCCGCCUGCCCGCUCAUUCUCCUCGUUCGUGCCUGUCAACUGGGGCAAGAGCUGUGGUUUGGGGGUCAUUGGGAUUCCAUUCCCAGCUCUGGCCAGACUUGCUGGGUGACCCCGGGCAAACCCUUUCCCGCUCUGGUCCUCACUUUCCCACCAGAGGAAACUGAGCUGGAGGACGCCGAGGUCGUGCCUCCCAUUUGCUGACACAUUUCCUGCCCACCAUGUCCUUCCUGCCCACCAAGUAUCAGGGAAGUGGAGGCAGGUCCCUACCCCAGGCUGAGAUGGCCCCAGUGUGAAGGCCUCGCCUGCGGGUGGGCGGGCAGCCAGCCGGUGUGGACUGCAGGGCACCGGCACUGGCACCCGUGUGAUCCUGAGGCAGCAGGCAGGGGAGACGGACGGACCACGCAGCCCAGAGCCCAUGCCCCUCCCUCCCCAAACACAGUCAACUCUGUGCUCCUUCCAAACAUCCUAUAGAAGCAAAAAAUCCAGACCUAAGACAAGGCCUAGGUCCCAGCAUGCAAACACGUUUACAGGAAAGCAUUCUCCCGGGUUGGUGCCCACGUGGCGCUAACCCCGACCAUGGCCUCCCGUCGCCCUUCACGGGAAGACCCUCUGGGGGGAUGUGUUUGCCAGGCUCCCCAUGCUGGUUUCUUUGUUACUAUUUGUUUGGGGUUUUGUUUCAGUUCUUUCUUUUUUCUUUUCUGUUUUUAAAAAAUAUGUGGCUGUGAACUUGAAUGACCACUGCUCAAACUUUCUGCUAUUGGGGGGGAGGGGGGAAAGGAGGGGCGUCUGUUUUAUUCUUGGUGUUUUCAGUGCAAUAAAUAGCUACAAACUUC